CAAUCACAUGGUACAUCACUAACGUCUUCGAGUCUAAACGAACGAAUCGGCGAUUUGUUGUUUGAUAAAUGGAAGAAAAAUAAGAAUCUUAUAUAGUGUUAUACAUCAAACUUCAAAAUUGCAUUCAACACGAUGGCUUACCACUACGUGGUAACCGCGCAGAAACCUACGGCGGUUACAGCAUGUGUUACCGGAAACUUCACAUCUCCGACGGACCUGAACCUUCUGGUUGCGAAGGUGAACCGCCUCGAGAUGUACUUAGUGACGCCGGAGGGCCUGCGGCCGCUGAAGGAGGUCGGCCUGUACGGACGAGUGGCUAAAAUGAGACUCUUCAGACCUCCUUAUGAGAAGAAAGACUUAGUAUUCAUACUGACAGCACGUUACAACGCCAUGAUCCUCGAGUGGCGAACAGGGGCCAACGGAGAGCUGGAAGUAGUCACCAGAGCCCACGGCAACGUGUCUGAUCGCAUCGGCAAACCGUCCGAGAACGGCAUACUGGCUGUAAUCGACCCACAGGCGAGGGUCAUAGGGUUGAGGCUUUAUGACGGGCUGUUUAAAAUUAUACCCUUGGAUAAAGACUCUACUGAACUUAAAGCAGCUAGUUUAAGAUUAGAAGAACUAAAUGUGUAUGAUGUUGAGUUUUUACAUGGUUGUUCAAAUCCCACAUUAAUCUUGAUACACCAGGACCUUAAUGGAAGACAUAUUAAGACACACGAAAUUAAUUUAAGAGAUAAAGAGUUUAUGAAGAUACCUUGGAAACAGGAUAAUGUAGAGACUGCAGCAUCUAUAUUGAUACCAGUGCCGAGUCCGUUAGGCGGAGCUAUUGUAAUUGGUCAGGAGUCGAUAGUGUACCAUGACGGGCAGAGUUACGUAGCAGUCGCGCCUCCACAAAUUAAGUUGACCCAAAUAAACUGCUACUGUCGCGUGGACGGACGCGGGCUACGGUAUCUGCUGGGUGACACUGCUGGUCGCUUGCUCAUGCUACUGCUCGAGUUGCAUGAGAAAAUGGACGGAACGCAAGCAGUCAAGGAUCUCAAGGUGGAACUCCUCGGUGACAUCCCAAUCCCGGAGUGCAUGACGUACCUGGACAACGGCGUGGUGUUCGUGGGGUCGCGGCUGGGCGACUCGGCGCUGGUGCGGCUGUCGGCGGCGCGGGACGAGGCGCACCACUACGUGCAGCCGAUGGAGAGCUUCACCAGCCUCGCGCCCAUCGUCGACAUGUGCGUCGUGGACCUGGAGCGGCAGGGACAGAGCCAGCUCAUCACAUGCUCCGGUGCGUUCAAGAUGGGCUCGCUUCGUAUAAUCCGCAACGGCAUCGGCAUACAGGAGCAGGCGUCGAUCGACCUGCCCGGCAUCAAGGGCAUGUGGCCGCUCACCCUCGCCGCCAACUCGCCCUACCAUGACACCCUCGUGUUGUCGUUCGUCGGGCAAACCAGAGUUCUAACGCUCAGCGGUGAGGAAGUGGAAGAGACGGAGAUCAAAGGCUUUGUGUCAGAUCGACAGACUUUCUUCUGUGGUAAUGUGUGCCACGACCAACUUAUUCAGGUGACGGACGAGGGCAUCCGGCUGAUCGCGCGCAGCGGCAGCGGCUGGGCGCUGGUGGCGGCGUGGGCGGCGCCGGGCGCGCGCGCGCUGUCCGUGGUGGCGUGCGGCGCGCGCGUGGCCGUGGCGGCCGCCGGCCCGCGCCUCUACCUCGUCAGGGUCCAGGACCACGCGCUCGAGCUGCACGCAGAAGUAUGCAUGGACGAAGAAGUGGCGUGUCUUGAUCUCGGCCCGGGAGAAGACGAAGCGCUGCUCGGCGUUGGAUUGUGGACGGAUAUAUCCGUCAGAGUGCUGCGACUGCCGGACUUGCGGCCGCUGCACAACGAGAGACUGUCUGGAGAGAUAAUCCCGCGCUCGCUACUAAUCUGCGUAUUGGAGGGCGUGUGUUAUCUGCUGUGCGCCCUGGGUGACGGCUCUAUGUUCUACUUCACGCUGGACCAGGAGACAGGCGUACUCACUAAUAAGAAGAAAGUCACAUUAGGCACGCAGCCCACAGUAUUAAGGAGUUUUAGAUCUUUAUCAACGACAAAUAUAUUCGCAUGCUCGGAUCGGCCCACAGUGAUAUUCUCAUCGAAUCACAAACUGGUGUUCUCUAACGUGAAUUUGAAAGAAGUGACGCAUAUGUGUUCGCUCAAUGCACAGGCAUAUCCGGAUAGUUUAGCAUUGGCAACAGAUAGUACAGUAACAAUCGGCACCAUAGAUGAAAUACAAAAAUUACACAUACGGACAGUACCAUUGGGUGAAACACCUCGAAGAAUCGCAUAUCAAGAGGCUUCACAGACGUUCGGCGUGAUAACGAUGCGCGUGGACAAGGCGGAGGGGUCGCUGGGCGCGGUGUCGGUGCGGCACAGCGCGUCGACCGCGGCGCCGUCGGCGUCGGGCGCGGCGUGCGCGGCGGGCGCGCUGCCGCCGGCGGCGCUGGGCGCGCUCGGGGCGCACGCCGGCCUCGCCGCGCACGCCGCGCCCGCCAAGCUCGCCGCGCACCACGCGCACGCCGCGCACGCGCUCGACGUCGAGGUGCACAACCUGCUGCUGCUCGACCACCACACCUUCGAAGUCCUCCACGCUCACCAGUUAAUGAACGGCGAAAUAGCAAUGUCAUUAGUAUCUUGCAAAUUGGGCGACGACCCCAAUCAUUAUUACGCCGUGGGCACCGCCAUACUGAACCCGGAGGAAUCAGAGCCUAAACAAGGUAGAAUACUGUUGUUCCACUGGUCGGAAGGUAAACUAGUGCAGGUCGCUGAGAAAGAGAUAAAGGGCGGUUGUUACACGCUGGUCGAGUUCAACGGGAAACUGCUCGCCUCCAUAAAUAGCACGGUGCGUCUAUUCGAGUGGACGUCAGAAAAAGAAUUAAGAUUGGAGUGUAGCCACUUCAACAAUAUUGUAGCUUUAUACUUGAAGGUCAAAGGUGACUUUAUACUAGUCGGUGAUUUGAUGCGAUCCAUGUCAUUAUUACAAUAUAAACAGAUGGAAGGAAGUUUUGAAGAAAUAGCUAGGGACUACAGUCCGAACUGGAUGACGGCGGUGGAAAUACUAGACGAUGACACGUUCCUGGGAGCCGAGAAUAGCUUCAACAUGUUUGUGUGCCAAAAAGACAGUGCCGCCACGACCGACGAGGAGCGGCAGCAGAUGGGCUACAUGGGCCAGUUCCACAUCGGCGACAUGGUGAACGUGAUGCGGCUGGGCUCGCUGGUGGGCGCGCACCACAGCGCGGACUCCGCCGCGCCCGUGCAGCACCCCGUGCUCCUCGCCACCGUCAGCGGCGCCAUAUGUCUAGUAGUCCAGAUAUCACAAGACCUGUUCGACUUCCUGCAUCAACUAGAAGACCGCCUCACACAUACAAUCAAGUCUGUGGGUAAAGUGCCGCACUCGUUCUGGCGGUCGUUCAACACGGACAUAAAGACGGAGCCAGCGGAGGGGUUCAUCGACGGGGACCUCAUCGAGAGCUUCCUCGACCUGUCGAGGGACGUGCAGCACGAGACCGUGCAGGGUCUGCAGAUCGACGACGGCGGCGGCAUGAUGCGGGACGCGACGGUAGACGACUUGAUAAAGGUUGUAGAGGACCUCACCAGGAUACAUUAGUGUUCCCCGCCCUGUCCCUGCCCAGUGUCACUGGUGCGAGCCAUGAGCACAUGUUAUUCAAUAAAUUCCUCGACCUGGUUGCGUUUUGUUUAUUUAUCCUACAGUGACGCUGAAGUAUGUAGCCUAUAAGGAAUAUGUUUACUUCAACGGUCGCUAGAUUUAUGCCGGCCUGUCUAUAGGCGGUAUAUGGUCGAUAUUAAACUGAAAUUGUCUAUGGUAGGUUUUGUGUACUGUGGUCAUUUUUCAAUUUAUGUCCAAUAAAGGCGUUUAACAUUGUAUAACCAAUAUUUUCGGAAUGGAAUGCUUAUCGUUAAGUUGUAACUUCAAUUUGCAUUUUACUUAACUUUUACAAUUACGUUAGUUCGAAACAUCAAGGAGAUUUGAAACAGUCAGUGCUAAGCUCAGACUGGCAAGUUCUCGCUGCAAUAUAUUGCCGAACUUACAGAUAUGUAUACACUUGCAGCAAUAUUUCAAUAAGUGUAUACGCAUCGACUAACCGCAAUCGGCUUCAGUUAUUGUUUCCAUGGGACAAAUCGCUUGUCGAAGUCAACUUCAGCAAGCUUACUUACUAAUCUAAACCGGACUUAUCAAGGUUUAUGUAGACUUUUUGAAUGAGACCAAAAAAUUAAAUAUGGCUCGCACCGAUUUUAUUUCCUAUAUAACGCCUCAACUUGAACUGCUUCGAGGCAUUGUGUCGAACAGAAGCUUCUAGAUACAGUUUUUGGGUUGAUAAUAUUAGGAAUAAUGCGUCAUGUACGGCAAAAUCAGUACCGGAGUAUAGUGCUGAAGUUCACGAGCGUGUAUGAAGUUCUUGGUUAUUUGUGUAUUAUAAAAGUAUUUAAAAUA